AUGACUCUCGCCCAACCUCCUCCAUUCAGGCUCACGAUACGAUCGAAGUGGACGGUCGACAUGGUCGAGAAACUCCUCGCUAUCGCCGAUGCAAGCGCGGAACACGCAACAGUCUCAGUUCUCGGACGUCCGGUGGAGUUUCGCGAGACGCGAGAGGUUUUCUACGCAUUGCCAGAGGCCGAGGUGGACGGCAUGGCGCAGCCGUGGUCGUUCACCAUGAUCGACAUGCGCACGGGCAUCGGACGCCUGUUUGUCAUCGCCGAUGACCCGUCCGACCAUCGCUAUUCACUCCGACCGCCGCGUAGGACUCGAGCUCAAGGACACUCAAAUGCUUUCGAGGUUACUCUACUGCCAUCCGAGCUUGGAGCGCUGCCUCCGCCCAUGGCCAUCUGCGCGGUCUUGAUCUGGCUCACUCGUGGGCACGCCGGCACUCGUCUCGCCGCUAUCGACCGACUCAGGAUCAACGAGGCGCUUGUCGUCCCCGAGCUGAAUGCGCUCCUGCGUGGAGAGGAGUGGGCCGGAAAGAGUGUCUACAUCGAGGGUGUCCCGAAGAGGGCGCUCAACACCGACACGAACCGUCGUUGCUCGAAGCGCCUGAGGACGCAACGUUGA